UUUAGUAUCACAGUCCAGGGAAACUAAUCUGCAAAACUGAAAUGUUCAUCACAAUGAAGUUGACUACUCUGAUUCUCCUCUGGGCACACUCCAGCACAGCUGGAGCCCUUCAGUGUCAAACAUGCACAGAUCAGACGUGUUCAAGCACAGUACCGAUUACAUGUUCUUCAGGGAAGAUGUGUGUUACAGCUACUAUUUUAGCUACCUCAUCUGGAAAUACAACAACAGAAAUCUACAAGGCAUGUGCAUCUUCCUCCCUGUGUCCAGCUAUGGGCUCUCAGACAUUUUCAGUCGACCUGGGUGUUCAAAGUGCUCUUGCAUCUGCCACGUGCUGCAACACAGAUAACUGCAACUCACAAACUCUGGCUGCUCCUACUCCUCAGUCAAGUAACGGCCAGCUAUGUAACAUUUGUUCCAACCCUUUGUGCAACACUCCAAUACAAUGUCAAGGAGUGGAGGACCAAUGCUUUCAAUCAAUCAUGAACGACGGUGUCAACACUUUCCCAGCUCACGGCUGUGCGUCUACAAGCCUGUGUGCAGCUGCCUCAAGCCUGGGUUCCCUACCUUUCAUGCAGAAUGUCAGUACCAUAAUAAGCGGACCAGUCUGUACUUUGCCCACAACAACUGCAGCACCAACCACAAAAACAGCUGCUCCAACCACAACCACAGCUACACCAACCACGACAACAGCUGGAGCCCUUCAGUGUCAAACAUGCACAGAUCAGACGUGUUCAAGCACAGUACCGAUUACAUGUUCUUCAGGGAAGAUGUGUGUUACAGCUACUAUUUUAGCUACCUCAUCUGGAAAUACAACAACAGAAAUCUACAAGGCAUGUGCAUCUUCCUCCCUGUGUCCAGCUAUGGGCUCUCAGACAUUUUCAGUCGACCUGGGUGUUCAAAGUGCUCUUGCAUCUGCCACGUGCUGCAACACAGAUAACUGCAACUCACAAACUCUGGCUGCUCCUACUCCUCAGUCAAGUAACGGCCAGCUAUGUAACAUUUGUUCCAACCCUUUGUGCAACACUCCAAUACAAUGUCAAGGAGUGGAGGACCAAUGCUUUCAAUCAACGAUGAACGACGGCACCAAGACUUUUCCAGCUUAUGGCUGUGCAUCUACAAACUUGUGUGCAGCUGCUUCAGGCCUACAUUUUCUACCUUUCAUGCAGAAUGUUGGUACCAUAACAAGUGGACCAACCUGUACAUCACCCACAACAACUGCAGCACCGACCACAGCAAGAACUGAGGCACCAACAACAACAUCUGCUCCAAGCAUGACAACAACGUCUCCAACCACAAUAACAGCUGCUCCAACCACAAUUACAACUGCUCAAAUAACAAAAACAACUGAUCCAACCACGACCGCAGCGGCAUCAACCACAAUCACAGCAGCACCAACCACAACAACUGUGUCCCCAACAAAAACAACAACAGGUGCUGCAACUACGACAUUUAAGGCACCCAGUACAACCGUGGUGGCAUCAACCACAACAACAAUUGUGCCAACCACUAUAGCAACUACUCAAACAACAACAACAGCUGUUUCAACCACAACCGCAGUGGCACCAACAACAACCACAGCAGCACUGACCACUACAACAGUUACUCCGACAACGAACACAGCUGCACUACUUACAGCUAUUACACCACCAAGCACAACUGCAACAGCACAAACCACAACGACAUCUAAGACACCAGCAACAACGUUGGUUGCAUCAACCACAUCAAACGUUGCUCCAACCACAAUAACAACUGCUCAAACAACAACAGCUGCUCCUACCACAACUGCAGUGGCACAAACCACAU